UGCCCUGAUUUAAAGCCUAGUGACGUCUACAUGUCAUUGGCAGCUUUCCAGCGAUUCAUUUCCCCGGUAUGACUCCCUUCCUCUCGGCCAUCCUCGCUGACAGUAGCGGCGUCACGCUCUCGCAGGGAGGGAGUCACCUCCCUACCUCUUCGGCCUAAAGGGCCCGGACUAGCCGCCGGUACCGGAGCUCAACCGGAGCUCAACAGGGAAUGGAUGGAAAGAACCAGCGAACCACAAGUGGGGAUUUCUGAGAAUCCCGGUGUUCAGGAUUCAGGAUUUGAAUAUCGCUUUUUCUCUCAUUGUAGUAAUCAUCCACUACAAUGUCAAGACCGAGGAGACACAACUGAAGGAUAUUAAUCAUUGAUAUUAAUUCCAGGAUGAACUGAGCCGGACCUUCUAAUUCCAUCUCAACGAUACUGGGAGUGGAUGCUGGGGAAUGGGAGUUGGAGAGGUGAUCAGAAAAUAUUUGUGAUUUGUGGAUGAGAACCGGUCACUGGAUCGGAUUCCUUGCGGAAAGACCCCGUCAGGGAAGGAGAGGGCAAGGGCAACUGCGGCAACCGAACCGACAACCGGGGGGAGGGGAGCGGGAGGACGAGGGGGGAAUCAAGACUGAAGAGGAUGAGAAGAUGGGUUUACUUUUUGGACUCUUAUGGCUGUUUACCAGCUUCCUACAGGGCGUGCACAACCAGGGCGUGUAUGCUUCCCCUACAGUGCGGAUUGUCCAUGCAGGUCAGGCCUGUAAUGUGGAGGAAGAGCAAUUUAGUGAGAGGGUUUAUAUCAUACGAGAGGGAGAAACUCUGGAACUCCAGUGUCUUGUCACUGGACAUCCUCGACCACAGAUGCGUUGGACUAAGACAGCAGGUGGCGCCUCGGAUAGUCAAGGAAAGUUGUCGCUGAAAGGUGGAGCUCUAAAAAUUGAGAACAUCAGUCGCCACCAGGGAGGGCGCUACUACUGCAAGGCUGAGAAUGGACUGGGAUUCCCGGCCAUACGCUCCAUACGAGUGGAUGUCUACUACUUGGAUAAACCAGUUAUCACUGUGCAUCAGAGUGAUGACGAAGCAAAGGAGCAGUUCUACUUUGAACGUACCGUCUUUCUUCGUUGUGCUGCCAACUCGAACCCUCCCGUCCACUACACUUGGACAAGAGACAGAGAGGUGCUGGCAGAGGGCUCUGACUCAGGGGUGGAGAUAUACAAGCCAUUUUUCACACAGGGUCAGACGAAGAUCUUGAAGCUGAAAAAUCUACGUUUGCAAGAUUAUGCUGACUACACCUGUUUUGCUUCUGUGAAGAAUUCCUGUGGCAUUAGAGACAGAAGUACCCACUUCAUUCUCAACAACAGGACAGCUCCUCCUUCUGUUAAAAUACUUUUGGAUGAUCCUGUAGUGGUAAAUCCUGGAGAGACGAUCACUCUGGUUUGCAAAGUGAUGGGUGGACAUCCUUUUCCAACACUAAGAUGGUUGAGGUUGGAAGAUGAGGAGCUGCCGAGGAGAGCCAUUGUCAAAGACGGUACACUGACAGUCCCUGUUAUUAGUGAUGACGAUGGAGGAACUUACACCUGUGUUGCAUCCAACAACGUAGGAAACCCUGCUAAAAAAUUCAUCACCAUAUUGGUCAGAGGACUACGUAAAGGUCGGUUCUGGAUCACACCAGACCCAUAUCACAAUGAGGACAACAUUCAAAUUGGUCGGGAGGUCAAGAUAAGUUGCCAGGUGGAAGCCACACCUUCAGACGAGCUGCAGUUCAGCUGGUUAAAGAAUGGCCGGCCAUUGAAGAGCUCUGAGCGAAUGGUCAUCACCCACACUGACCCUAACAACUCACCAGGAACCACAAACCUUGACAUAAUUGAUCUAAAAUUUACAGACUUUGGCACCUACACAUGUGUGGCAUCACUGAGAAAUGGCGGAAUCCCAGAGAUCAGCAUUGAUGUCAAUAUUUCUUCAACCACAGUUCCUCCUGAACUUUCAGUCCCAAAGGGGCAAUCUCAACUCAUAGUUCUGGAAGGAGACACUGUUGACCUUCAGUGUUUGGUCUCAGGAAAACCCAAACCCAUCAUUAUAUGGUCUCGGGUCGAGGAGAGUGGGCAAACUGCAGCACUAGCACCUAUGAUGCCUGAUGGCUCGGCACAGAUUGAGAGCUACGAUGGCGUACUGAGAAUCUACAACGUGACGAGAAAGAUGAGCGGGGCAUACCGCUGCCAAACAAGCCAGUACAAUGGAUUCAAUGUCAAACCCAGAGAGGCCCUGAUUCACCUUGUGGUACAAUUCCCUCCGACUGUGAAGCCUGUUUACACAGAGGUACGUCAGGCACUUGGCCGAGCAUUCAGCCUCACCUGUAACUUACUGGAAGCUUACCCAGCUCACCAUCUGCAGUAUGAGUGGAAACUGGGCUCACGCCUGCUCACUGUUGGUCACUUUAGUGACCAAAGCCAUGACACCAGUUACCAUGUUAAAGCUCUGAACCGAGAAGGCUAUGGCGAGUACACCUGUGAAAUCACCAAUGAUGCCGGGGCAGGUCGGUGCACCUUCCUACUUACAGGGAAAGCCUACAAACCAGAGUUUUAUCAUGAUACCUUCAAUGCUCUGUGGCAGAACAGGCCUCAAGUCUAUGGCUUCAAACUUCAAUGGACUCAAAUGGAGCCCAAUUCUGUGGAUCGAAUUGUGGCCUAUCGGCUUGGCAUCAGGCAGGUGGAUCAGACUCGCUGGUGGGAGCAAGAGAUUUUUAUUGGUGGACCAAUCCAAAAGGGGCAGCUGCUGACUUACAACCUAACGGAACUGAUCAAACCCGAGUCCUACCUGGUGCGUCUGACCCCUGUCACCCGAUAUGGUGACGGGGAUGCUUCUGAACGCACAAUCACGUACAGCGCUCCCGUUAACCCACAUCUCAGAGAGUUCCACUGUAAUUUUGAGGAAGAGGCGUUAUGCUCAUUCUCUCAAGACAAGUCGGAUGAGUUUGACUGGAUAAGACAGAGUGGCACCAAAGAGGGCACCACAUACACACCGAAUACAGGACCAAGCUCUGACCACACAGGCUCAAGUCAAGGCUUCUACAUGUUCAUUGAGACAUCCAGGCCUGGGCUGGAGGGGAACAAAGCCCGUCUGAUGUCCCCAAUUUUCAACAUAAACACCAAAAGUGUUUCCUCUUCAGCCAGUAACAAUCCCACCUACUGCGUUACCUUCUACUAUCACAUGUUUGGGAAACAUAUAGGAGCUUUGAAUAUUUUCUUGCGGUUGAAAGGUCAGAUGCUCACAGAUACCUUAGUCUGGAGUCUUACUGGUAACCAAGGAAACUACUGGCAGCAGGCAAGGGUUAACAUCCAUCCAACUACAACCUUUCAGGUGGUGAUGGAAGGAGUCAGAGGCUCGGGUAUUGAAGGCAAUAUCGCUAUUGAUGAUGUUACCAUUGAGGAGGGCGAGUGCAAAGACUCUCCGUCUAACAAUCUGAAGUCAUUUGCUUCACUGCCAUCGCAUUACGUGUCUCUACUCUACAUCAGUCAAAGUCUGGUGCUGAUUGGCUGGCAGAGGUGACACCAUCAGCACCUUUUCCCUCUUCUAAUUACCUCCCAUGCAAGCUUCCAUGACUUUUGACUGUGGCCCAAGGGAUCUGUUUUACACCUCACAAUAAUUGGAAACGGAGCAGAACUGUAUUUGCUCCGUCAAGGGGAAAAUAAAUCUGUCCUUCAGUGACAACUUAUUUGCUUUCUAUCUUGUCAACAGUUCAACCUGUGAUGGGUUUAGUUUAAAUCUACUGCAACAGGAAGCUGAAGCUACCUGUCUAAAAAUUCCUUUAAAAUUGAUUGGUAUGUAUUAACAUCAUACUCAGUAUGCAUUUAUGUAAUGAAAUGAUGAUUUAUGCUAUGAAAUAUAGUCUGCAUCAGAAGUCUGCUGCGUAGCAUUGCCCAUCACAUUGAACAGUCUUCUGCACUACAACUAAAUUCAGAAAGAAGGCUGAUACAUAAACAGUGGAACAUGUCACAAUAGUAGGAUGAUGUAAAAUUAAUAAAAAGUUUAAGGUUUAAACUUUUUAAACAUUUGUUUUAACGUUAUUCAAUAUUUUAGCAAGGCACUGUAUCAUGAACAUGGCUUCAGUCAGUCUUUAAUGUGAACUCUUGAAAACAAACAUCUGACCACAAAACCCAACUGCAUUAGUUUGUAGUGUCACUAUUAAUUGAUUCAAAUAUUUUGAACAGGACAAUGAGUCUUUAUGUGGAUAUACAGACUCAAACAAAGAAUUAGUUACAAUCAAUUUACAACAAAAAACAUUUCCCAUAACUUGAGUAGAGUCUCGGUGUACCCUGUCUGACAUCACUUUUCAGGUCAAAAAAACCUGCACACCAUUUCCUGCUCAAACUGGUGUUAAGAAAACAAAGCAGUUGGAAGUUCACGACCAUGUUUUGCCUACCCCUUAUCUGCUUCCCCUCACCUUUCUGUGCUCUAAUUCUAUAGAUCAGCAGUACUGUAUUGGACACACAAAAAGAAGUCUUUACUCUUUUAACCUAGAGAGGCUCGGAGAAAAAAAAUAAGUAUUUUUAGAGUGUAUUUUAAUGUUGGUCCAUCUGUGUUAGACAUGAAAACAACAGCUCACCUUCUGCCAUAACAUAAAGUGCCUUAAAAUGAGAGGAGAUGAUUGCCCAAAGACUGGAAUCAAUAUUGAGCCAGUGUCGGACAUUAUUCUGCAUGAUGAAAGGAAAUUUAAACAAUUAGCUUACACAGGAUUUUGUAUUAGUAUGGAAAUACAAUUUCUCAACUUGUUUCUUUUUCUUUCUGUUGGGAUAUUAGCAUAAGUGACCAUAAGCCAUAUCAAUGGCUGCGAAAAAAAUGGCCAGGAAACGGACUUUUAAUACUGACACCAACAUUCUCAAAUAACGUUUUCUAUGUUGAAUAUUUUGCUUAAUAUGGAAAAUGCAAAACAUAUGAACUAUUUGACGAACUUUGAAUCCAUUAAAAACAAAGGAUUUCCUAGUUUUAAUCAAUGGCAUCCAAGCUUUGGACUUAGUGUAUACUAGGGGUUGAACGACUUCAUAUUUUUUAAAGUUGACUACAACAUGAUAAAAGUCGAGUCAAUGUCAACUAGUUGCUGUGACAUCAUAGUAACAUAAGACAAAACCCCUCAAAACAACUUAGAGGCUUUAUCAGCUAUAUUCAGGGCAAAUAUUGAUUAAAAAACCCCGCUUUUACUAAGUCUAUUAUGUAGGAUAAAAAGAAAGAGAAACAGAACAUUGUCACUGACUUCUUCAUGAGCAGCGGAGAUAAGUCUGAAAAGUUGCACAAAGUCAGGUCUGACUUAUUCGUUUUCAAACACCAGCUGAUACUGAUGAUCACUGGAUAGCUGCACAUGUAGGAGUGCUAGCCCGGUAAAAAGUCAUUGCAGAGUAAAGAAUCGACUAGUCGACUAGUUGGUGCAACCCCUAGUGUAUGCAAAUGAAAGCUUCUAAAAGCAUUCCAAAACUAUAUGACACUUUCAGUUCUUUACAGUUACUAUUGUGUCAAAGUGUUUGAAUGGCUGAGCAACUUUAAUGUACUUCAUACUGAUUAACAACAUAAGCACAAAGACAACAUAGUCAGUUGAAAAUGUUAUUCUUCCUUUAAAUUCUAUGAUUUUAUAAGAUGCCACACUUUGAUUAUUUAUAAAACAAUACAGAAAAAGAUUGACAGAAAAGUAAAAACAAACAAAAACCCAUCCACAGAGCAGCAAGGUACUUCUAGUAGAGAACUUGAUUGAUUCAUAAAAGUAUGAAUUUAGGUAUUUUGCACAAUGCUAAGCUGGACAGACAUCAGCAGUUAACUUAGAAAAUAUUUUUGUAACUCUUCACAUAGUGUUGAGUAGAACAUUUUUCUAAGUCAGUCAUUCUUGACAAAGGUAUCUUUAAAAAAGGUUAAACAAACAAGCUAAGCAUGUUUAGCAAAUAUCACUUUAUUCUUAAACCUUCUAAGUACAUUUUUUUUUAAAUGGAUUUAUGUUAUAACAUGUGAUCUCCCUAUAAUAAUCUUGUCUUGUCAACCCAUACUUGUUUUAACUUUUUGUUUUCCUGGAAAAUACAUUAAAAACAAUAUUUGGAUUUGAUUUCAAAGUUCUUUCUCAUUGUAAGGCUAAUUUGUUCAUUACUUGCAAGAAGGUUACAUUUGCUGUUGGUUUGUAAAGUAAUAAAUAUGAAGAAUAUAUAAUGAAUCCUAACUUAUUUUUAAAAUGAAUGGGUUAAUGUUAUUUACUUAAUGUCAUGAGUCUAUUUCUCAUAUUGUGCUUGUAAAUUAUUAUUAUUAUUAUUGUGUAAACACUUUAUAAUAAAUAAAUAAUUGACCCCUUAUAUGGUAGCUGAUGUGCAUUUAUCUUAAAGACAAGAGCCAUUUAUCAGCCAUAUGUUAAUGUAUAAGAUAAACCAAAGUCUGAUAUUUUUUUCAGGCCUGGGAAAAAACAAACUCUUGUUCUAUUAUUUGCUUCAUACAGAAGGUCUGGACCUUUGGGUAGUGAGAAAUGAUUACUUGCUGGAGGUGUGAACUUUGUUGAAAUUUUACAUUUUACCCAAUCAAAAUGUAAAACACUUGGCUGCAGGGCAAAUGUUGAGGGUGCCAGACAUCCGGAGGGGGUCAUAAAAUGGUAACUUUAACUGUUUUCAAAAUGUAUAGAAAUUAAAACAUGUCCUAAUAUGACACAAAGUUAACUGCGCAGAAAAACUGUUAUAUACUACAUUAAUAAUAAUGACAUUUUGCUUGGCAC